CGAACGCUUCCGUCUAUUGUUCAAGUAAAGUGUAGGCAACCGUGGCAAGUAGUCAAUGGCGGCGGUGCAUAUAUGACAAAUGACAAUUUCGUGUGAAAUAAACAAAUUUUCCAAAUGGAUGAUUCUUUUUUUGGUUUCGACACAUCUGUACCGUAUGAAGAUCAUGGGGCUGGUGGUCAAAUCGCGGAACCUUCUGAAGAGGAGUAUGAUGCCCUUAACGAUGAAACAUUUGGAUCUGCUACUAAUGGAGAUUGGGAAGAAGCACAUGAAACCAUGGUGCGACUUACUGACUCCUCCGUUUCUGGUAGUAGCUACAAAGAUUCUUUGGAUGGUGUGAAACCAAAUAGUGGAAAGACUUUACCAUCCCAUCAAACAUCAUCGCCAUCAAAAUCAAAUUUCUCACGUGUUCGUUAUGUGGAGAAAUUCGCAGACUCAGAUUUGGAGUUAAAUUUAUCUACAAUGAAGUUGGAUGAUGUCGAUUUAAGAUUCGACGAUAAUGAGAGUUUAUCUGGAUUAAGUGGAAUAAAUUUAGAUCCAAGUGUUUGGGCUACAAAUCUAUUUAAAACCUCGAACAUCGUCAUAGAUGGUAGUGAUCAUUCACCAAUAUUUCAAUCUAGGGAAAGAUGUUCAGUAAUUGGACAGAAUGACGUGAAUAAUAGUGAUAACAAUUUUUUACGAGCACAAAAUGCAAAUAUAUUUGCACACCAUAUACAGUUGGAUAAAAAUCAAUGUACAGAUAUAAAACGGAUACAAAGGGAGCCGCCUCAACAGCUUGGUGGUCCGUAUGGCAUAGUACCAACUCCUAAAUUUUGUACCCUGGAGGAUAUUGAAAGAAAUAUUAUUAUAGAACAAAGUAUGCGAAAAAAUCAGGAUAACUAUUUACAACCCAAAGACCAACGAAAUCAGCAACAUCAAAAUCAAAAACAGCAUAUUCAACAGCAUAUAAACGACACACCAUCUUCAAGCACUCCUCCACCUCAACCACAUCAUAUACAACAAAAUCAAAUAAUGCAACAUCAACAAAAUCUUCAAAAACCUCAAGUAUCUCAAUUAAAAUGUCCUCCAGGUUUUCCUAAUCAAGGUCCCCCAAUGAGACCAAACCCUAAUUUUGCAAAUAAUUUGACACAGCAUCCAUUGGGCAAUUUAGUUCAUCAGCAGCAAGCGGGUGGUGGUGGCAAUCGACUUCCACCAGGAUUUUCUUUAUAUUCAGCAGGGUUAAGUCCGCAUAUGCAGCAACAAAACAAUCAUCAGCUACCCCCUCAUCCUAUACUAAAUCAACAUGGACUGCCACCUAAUUUUCCGAGACCACUGCCAAGCCCGCAUCUCCCAAUUGCGUUAAAUAAUUUCGCAAUGCAUCCCAAUUUUAAUGCUAUGCGUGCUGCUGCAGCUGUUGCUGGUAUUCAUCCGGCUUCUUUGGUACAACCCCCACCAACGGCACGCAUCGCGCCUCAUCCUCCAAACUCGGCAGUCUUGCUGAAUUCUCCGCAAUCGAAUUCUAUGUAUAAUAUGUUCAAUAUGCGUUUAGUUCAGGAAAUUCAACAAAAUCAUCCUCUUUUGCAAAAUGCUGCACGUCAAACACAACAACUACAACAAAAUAUUUCAAUGAACCCUCAUCAAAAUCUUCUACAACAAAGGUCAAAUAUUAGUGGAAUUAAUAAGUUAAUCCAUCAUCGGCGUGAAGGAGGAUCUGCAAAUGGAAACUUGCCACAUGAAGAGUUUGAUCAAUAUGCCAACUUAAUGAGUACACGAGACAAGCAUUGGCUAAUAGGUAUACAGCUCUCACAAUUAAACACGGAUACACCAUAUAUUGAUGACUUUUACUACACUAUAUAUCGUGAAAGAAAAGCUCUUCUUAAUGGCAACCUGGGCCUCAGUCAGGCGCAUAAAGACAACCAACUAAAUCAUCCACUAACACAACCCAAAGGUCACGCUCAGCUCAUUUUAGUUCAGCUUGGCAAUAAAAAUGGAACGCGGAAUGGUCAACAUCGCGAACGACGUAACUCAGAGAGUACCGGAACAGUUGGAAAUAAUAUCGGAAAUAUGGGAAAUAGUCAAGAUCAAAAAACACCAUAUGUUUUUAGUCCACUAAAGUUUGAAAAUUCGUUAGGUAAGUUACAGUAUGGAAGUGUAACUGCACCGCGAAAAAUAAUCGACGCCGACAUUAUGGGAAAUGAAAUGGCAGCCAGUGGGGCUGGUGAUGGUAACCCAAUUACUGCAAGUUCUAGUGGUACCAAUUCGUCCAUACUGAAGUCAAACAUAACACCAGCAGCUUCUAUAGCAGGUACCAUGAGUGAUUUUACAUCAUCAACUCAUCGAAAAUCGCGACAUAUUCUAUUACACAUCGAAACGCUUUACCGCAUCGUUUUAAAAUUAGAGGAUUUGAAUAAUCCUACUGCAAUCGCUACCAUUAUAAUAAAAAAGAAGAAAGAAAGUGAGCGCAUAGCGGCUUUAGAGCAAAUCGAAAAUGCCAACAAGACCCAUGAAGAGCGCAUGGCAGAAGCAUCCAAUCCAUCAACAGUAAAUCCUGCGUUGAAAAACAAAUUCACAUAUGAGAUUGAAAAGAAAGAAGCACUUGUAGCGAAGCUGAUAGCUGGACUUUCGCAGGAAGAAGUUUCAGCAAUUAUGAAUGUUCGUAAGGGGAAGACUCUAAUACGGCGUAUCAUGACAUACGUAGAAGCUCAUGAAAUUCGUUGGUCUAUUUGGAUGGGAGUUUUUUCAUCAUUGCAGAAUGUUGUAAAAAAAGAUAAGGAUGAUGUUGAUGGCGUUUUAUAUGCACUUUAUCCUGAGUUUAAAAAGCAAGUGCGUCAAGCAGACUUCGAAACGAUUGUCAGAAUUUCGGCCUCUAUACCCCUUAUCGAAAAGAAAUUUAACGGUAUAUUUUGUAGCAAGUUUGGAAUAUCAUCAUUGGUUUGCUUAGUAUUGCAAGCCGAGCGUAUCUAUAUGUCCGGUAAUGAUAGUACUCUUACUGAUGGAAACAAAGGGAAAUGGCGUAAUUUCCUAGAUCAAGUUGCAAUAUCUUUAAAUCGAACGAUUCAAAACCACACUGUUUGCGCAGAAAUCGAGUCAGAUUCAAUUCAACCACUGAUGAAUCAUUUUGCGCGUUUUGAAGAUUUGAAACUGGAUUCUCUACUGGCACUUAUUACUGAGGCCAGACAGCAAAUUAACUAAAUGAAUAAGAAUUGUGGGAAACAUAAACUUAUGAAAGAUCGUUUAUGAGAUUGCAAAACCUAAAGUUAAACUAAAUAACUCAGAUUCAUAAUAACUGUAACUGUAAACUGAAAAAUUCGUUUAAUGUUUGCCUUAUGUGCAAAUAAUUCAGAAGGGAUUUAUGCAGAAGCAUGCAUUGCAUACUUCUAAGGCGAUGUCCUGUGUUCAUGGCUACAGUUAAAUGCAUACUAAUGUUAAAAAAAAUCAUUUAGCAAAUGUCCAAGAUCAGCAACAAAAUAUCGUCUUAUCAGAUAAGGCUAUCGUUGGGCUGAUACAGCCGAAAAUAUAACAGAUUGUGUAGUUUUGGCAAAGUGGCUUUAGCUGGUAUAGGUCAAAUUUUUAUUUUAUGCUGCAGAUAUGCAUUACUGUUUGUCUUUCGAGCCAUUUUUGAUUUGAGAAAGGUAUUUUGUGUACGUUCAUUAAAUGUUAUCAAUUUUUCUUAAUUAAUAAAAAUGUGUGCUUUUAAUAUUUAACAGAUCUUUCACCACUAUUGAAACAAGCGACUUUACCAAAACAACAUAUUUGUAGAUAUAUUGAAGAGAUUGUCAAUCUUUAGCUGACGAUUUAAAGUUACAAAAGAAAAUAACAAGAACUUUGAAAUAUUUGUCGUUUUUAUCAUAGAUUUCAUGUAUAUUUAUGGGUUUUCUUUGGUGUUUUGUAAAUAUUUAAAAUAUACAUAAACUUAGUGUUAGGAUCAAAUUUUAUUUAACAAGAGAUGAAUAGAAAUAAUGAUAUCUAUUAUAGAAACAAAUUUGUAUGAACUAAAAAAUAAGACGAAGGCAUUCGACGUAUGCAAUGAAACUAAUUUGUAGUAGUCGGGACAUUUUUUAAUCUUGGAAAAUUUAUUCAUAACAUACAUAUAUACAAGCAAAUACAUAUACAAAAAAAAAUAAUAAAUAGAUAAAUGCUUCGUUUGGUGCUUCUUCUCUCACAUUGAAUAUAAAUUGUAUCAAUAAAACCAAUUAUGUUACUACAGGAUACUUACAUGAAUACAUAUGGAAAUCAUUUUUA